GACUCCUGCUCUCUGUCACCUGUCAGAAUCCAUCCUCCUGUCACUGGCUUAUAUGGACAAGUCAGUCCAGGGUCACGUGACCUUGGGUUGCUAAAAACAGCUCCAUCAUCCACUCUGAGCCAGGGCCUGAAACAAUGUCCUCCAUAGAGAGAAACCUAAAGGACAUUUGAUCGUACAGUCCUUGGAGUUGUUUCCAGGAAACACUUUCGGAAGCCGUUUGGGAGCACCCUUCCCCGGCUGGACACUCAGGGACGGCCAGGAAAUGAGCGCUUCUCUGAACUACAAGUCUUUCUCCAAGGAGCAGCAGACCAUGGAUAACUUGGAAAAGCAACUGAUCUGCCCCAUCUGCCUGGAGAUGUUCACAAAGCCUGUGGUCAUCCUCCCUUGCCAGCACAACCUGUGCAGGAAAUGCGCCAGUGACAUCUUCCAGGCCUCUAACCCGUACUUACCCACAAGAGGAGGCACCUCCGUGGCAUCAGGGGGCCGUUUCCGCUGUCCCUCCUGCAGACACGAGGUGGUGUUGGACAGACACGGGGUCUACGGACUGCAGAGGAACCUACUUGUGGAAAACAUCAUCGACAUCUACAAACAGGAAUCCACCAGGCCGGAGAAAAAGUCAGACCAGCCCAUGUGUGAGGAACAUGAAGAUGAACGCAUCAAUAUCUACUGUCUGAACUGCGAGGUGCCCACCUGCUCCCUGUGCAAGGUCUUCGGUGCUCAUAAGGACUGCCAGGUGGCUCCCCUGACCCAUGUGUUCCAGAGGCAGAAGUCGGAGCUUAGUGAUGGCAUCGCUGUACUUGUGGGGAGCAACGACCGGGUCCAGGGCAUGAUCAGCCAGCUGGAGGACACCUGUAAAACUAUUGAGGAAUGCUGCAGAAAGCAGAAACAGGACCUGUGUGAGAAAUUUGAUUACCUCUACGGCAUCCUGGAGGAGAGGAAGACUGAAAUGGCACAAGCUAUCACCAGGACACAGGAGGAGAAACUGGAGCACGUUCGAGCCCUGAUCAGAAAGUACUCUGACCACCUGGAGAACGUAUCAAAGCUGGUAGAGUCAGGGAUCCAGUUCAUGGAUGAGCCGGAAAUGGCAGUGUUUCUGCAGAAUGCCAAGACCCUCCUGCAAAAGAUCGCAGAAGCAUCGAAGGCAUUUCAGAUGGAGAAAAUAGAACAAGGUUAUGAGAUCAUGACCAACUUCACCGUCAACCUCAACAGAGAAGAGAAAAUUAUACGUGAAAUUGAUUUUUACAGAGAAGAGGAAGAGGAAGAGGACGCAGGAGAAAUAGAUGAUGAAGGAGAGGACGCAGUAGAAGUAGAAGAGGUAGAAAAUGUUCAAAUAGAGUCAUCGGGGGAAGAGGAGAGUCCAGAAAAAUCACCAGAGCCCUCUCAGCCGGCCUCGGAGCUCCAGGCUGCCCCAGCACCACUACUUGCUGUCUCUCCAGAACCACUUUCAUCCACGCCGCCUGCCGCAGAUGCCCUGGUGACACAGGGGGAGGUGGUGCCUACUGGCUCUCAGCACACCACACAGUCCGAAACUCCGGGCCCUUCAGCAGCGGAAACUGCGGAUCCCCUGUUUUACCCUAGUUGGUAUAAAGGCCAAAGCCGGAAAACCAUCUCCAACCCACCUUGCACUCCUGGGAGUGAAGGUCUGGGCCAAAUAGGGCCUCCGGGUGCUGACGAUUCCGGUGUGCGGUCGGCAGAAGUGGCAGAAGCCGCAGCCAAUGAGCAGGCAGCAGUGAGUGGUAAGGAAUCUAGCGCACCUGUGGCUACCUCUCAGAUUGGAUCUGAGGCCCCUGCUCUCCAGGGACAGCCCCCGGCCUCUGGGAGUGGGGGCGGGGCUGACUCGGAGCCGGCUCGCCAUGUCUUCUCCUUCUCCUGGUUGAAUUCCCUGAGUGAAUGAUAUUUAUUCUCGCUGCUGCCCUCUGUCUGCCUGGCUGAGAAGCGCACAGGCAGCAGAGACCUGGGUGGAAUUCGCCAUGAUGCAUAUGAAGGGGACCUCUGGACAGGAUUUUUGAAGAAACAGACAGACAGACAGACAGACAAACCACUUUAAUUCCAUAUGAAUCAUCUAACUUGUUGGGAAAAUGAAUAUGUCCAGGACAAAAUUGCAGAAAACACUGAUUUGAAGAAACUUGAUCUUCCUUUUUAUUGUAUGGGAAUCAUUCUGAAGGUUAUACAG